AUGGAGAAAUAUAAGAAUCGCUUUGAUUCACAUGUUGGGGAUGUACUCCUUGUCAUCAAUGCGUCCACUUAUCUACCGACCAACCCAUCUGUGACGCGCAAUGUGACAUACAUGGCAAGUCAUUCUUCAGUCUUCGCGAUCUACGACCAGUAUUUCAACUUCGGUGCAUCUGGAGCUACUUUUAAUGGCUCAGCCUGCACACUAUCCCGAGCCUAUCCCCCAAAUUAUGGGGAUCAAGGUGGUGCUCCGGUCAUUUACUGCUAUGUGCAACAAAUUCGCGAUAACUGCAUGACCAAUCUAGUACCUGACUUCAUAGUUGUCGUGAUAAUCUGCAAUGUCCUUAAGAUUAUCUGUUUGGUUUUUGUUUUACACAUCACUCGCAAAGAGGACCCGCUGUGCACGCUUGGCGACGCAAUACAAUCAUUCAUCAAGAGCCCGGACAGAUACACACAACAAUGCUGUUUGGCAACCAAGCAAGACUUUGAAAAGCCAAAUAUUCGAUUCCGAACCAGAUGGGACAUUCGCCAACUCACAAAAGGAGUCAUCUGGAAGGGUGAGCGCACCCGAUGGAUUAAGGCCGUCAACCCGUGGCACUGGGUGCUACAUAUCUUCUCCAUCCUUACCAUUAUAGCUCUCACUGGGAUCUUCGCCAAUGGUAUUGUUGCCAAAGUGAACGACAUUCACGUCUCUGCAGAGCCCAUCGCCAUCAUGUCUCAUCAUACUGGCGUCCUGAGCCUUGGUAUACCCAAGCAAAACGGAACUCUCGUCUCGCUAUUACUGGCCAACGUGGUACAGAUUGCAAUAUCCUACCUCUAUCUCGGCCUUAACAAUAUACUCACGACAAUGCUGGUCAUGGCUGAGUGGUGCGGCUAUUCGACAGAAUCAAAGAACCAACCCAAAGGUCUGCGCGUGUCAAGUAUGGUACCUAACACCGAACAGCGCACUACAUACUUCAUCUCACUUCCAUAUAGAUGGGGCAUUCCGAAAAUGAUCUGUACAACUGUCGUUCACUGGAUGGCAACCGAGAUAUUCUGUGUGGCUCGGGUGAAUUCAUACUCCACAGACCCCGGUGAGCCAAUCCUCACAUCUCGCUUCAACUUCAUCUAUGCAUCUCCCGAUGCAAUGAUCUACGGGAUGACGGCUGCUGGUGGAAUCUGCCUUUCCUUACUGGCGUUUUCCUUUUUCAUGCAUUUUCCGGUUGGAAUCCCGCUAGCUGGAUGCUGUACCGCCAGUAUAGCUGCUGCUUGCCAGCCUCCACAGAGCGAUGUUACUCCGUGGCAGCAAUUUGAUGAUAGUUUGGCAUACAAAAGACUCAAGUGGGGUGUGGUUCAGGAGCCGCGUGACAUGCAGAACGGCAUUGGACAUGCGACAUUCUCUGCGGAUUCCGUCAAGCCUCUUAUUAAAGGGGAGCUCUACAGCUGA